AUGUUGUCCGUUUCUUUUUCGGUCAAGAUAUUUAUUUAUAAGAAUGGUGAUUUUUUUUUUUUUAAAGUUUGUUCUUUGAUGUUUCUUCUCUUUUUCUCAUUCUUUUACAAUUAUCUCCCCUUAGUUUCAUACACCUUUUCUUCUUAUUUAAAGUUUUGUAUAUAUUUUCUUAUUUAUUCCUUUGCUGUUUGCAUUGUAUGUCUUCGCAACAGAAGUCAUUCUUCUUUUUCUUUUUAUCGUUCCUUUCAAUAUUCCUAUAUUCCCGGUCAAUUUCUUUCAUUCAUUCAUUCAUUCAUUUAUUCAUUCAUUCAUUUUAAUACUUUAUUUCUUUCAUCCGUUCAUUAUUUUUACACUUUCUUUCUUUCAUUCAUUUCUUUUUUUUUUUUCUUCAUUCAUUCCUUAGUUUUACAAUGUCCUUCGUCUAUUCCUUCUACACUUUAUUUAUUUCUUUUGUUCAUUAUUUUAUACUUUAUUUCUUUCUAUCAUUCAUUUUAUACAUUAUUUCUUUAUUUCAUUCAUUCAUUUUAUAUUUCAUUUUUGCAUUCAUUCGUUCAUUUUAUAGGUUCUUUUCAUUCAUACAUUUUUAUUUUUUUCAUUGUUUCAUUAAUUUUAUUCCUUCCUUCGUUCUUUUUUCUAUAUUUUCCUAAUAUUUUAUUUUAUUUUCCUUCUUAUAUAUCCUUUAUUUAUCUUUAUUUAUAUAUCAUUUUGUCGCUUCCUUUAUUUUUUUCAAUUCCUUUUCUUUGCUUUUUCAUAAAUAGGUUCUCUCUACAAAUUUUCAUUUUUCCUACUUUUUUUUUCUUUUCUUUAAUUUUUGUAGCCGCGUUCAUUUUCUCCUUCUAA